UCUCUCCAUUUUUUCAAAUUUCUUAAAACUAACACGACUAAAGGGCAAAAUGGCGGGAAUUGAUCCAUCAAAAAAUCUCCUUUCUCUAAUCCGUGACUUCGCUUAUGAGAAAUCUCAAGGAGAGAGAAGAGUGGCUAGCUUAACGAAACAAGUCGAAGAGCUACGAUCACAGUUUGAAGUAGCGAAUUCGGAAUUUAAAGACGUGAAACGUUUGAAAGAAGCAACUGAGCAAGAGCUUAAAGGCUUCGAAGUUGAAUUAGCUUUGAACGAAACUUUGAUUCGAGCAGUAGAGGCCAGGAUUGCUCUGAUUCAAGAUGAAAUAUUCAAAGUUGGAUCUGAAAUAGAGGAGCUUAAGAAUAAAGAAGCAACAUUAAGAGAUGAGUUUAUUGCUGAAAUGGUUGAGUUCAAUGAUAAGAUAAGGAAAUUCCAAGAGACAAUAGCUUCUGAUUUUCAGUAUACCGUUGGCAGUACAGCAGAGCCAGGCCAUAUAUUUGUAAAGAAGGAAAUUACUGCAAUUGGUGCAAGAACUGUUGAGGAUCAGUUUACCCAUGUUGUUUCUCAAAUAGCUAAAGAACAGGAAGAAUACCUUGCAGAACAGAACAUCCAAAAGCAGGUUCAACUGGAGUUGGUUGACAUUGAAAGGAAGGCAUGUCUGAUUGAGGCAUUGAUGCAACAAGCAAAAGCAUUAGAAGAGUUGACAAGGCAGACUUCUGAACUGGAAAAGAUAUGUGCUGUCCUUGGUGAGGAGUUGCAGAAGAGAUGUAUAUGUCCCAGUUGCCUUCUGGAAAAUGUGGAGACCUUGGCUAGAGUUCUUCAGGAAAGUGAGGCAAACUGAUCUGUUGUAAGUCUUUUACAUGCUAACAUUUCACCCACAGUGUUGAUGUUAUCAAAUAAAACUCGCACGAGAACUUUUGGAACUAUACAAUAAUGGAACUUGAUUAUAUAGUAUGGCCACGCCCUG